UUGAUAUUUGUCAUGUCUCCAACGGUCCGGCGUGCUUGUUGUAGCUUGUUAAGGUGUUGUUUAGAAUUACAUCUUUAUUUUGUGAUUUUAUGUGCAAAAUAAUAUUGUUAUAACAUAGAGAAACGCAAAAAUUUGUCACAUUAACUCAGGAGGAACGGGCACAUGAGUCGCCAUGGUGUUCAAUAAGAAAGACUUGGCAAAAGCCUUUUCUCCCAACAAAGCAAAAAAAUUUGUCAAAAAAAGAUUGUCAGGCACAACAAAACCAAGCACAAGUGGCAGCACAAUGAGAAAAGAGGCAAGUGCCGAAACCAGUAUCAAAGUAAUUGUUCGUUGCAGACCUCCAAAUGAACGUGAAAAUCAAGAUAAUUAUCGGACGGUAAUAAAACUUGUUGAUGACAAAAUGCUGAUAUUCGAUCCGAAAGAGGAAGAAAAUCCCUUUUUCUAUCGUGGUGUCGUACAAAAGGGCCGUGACCUAUUAAAAAAGCAAAACAAAGAAUUGAAUUUCAUUUUCGAUCGUGUUUUCGGCAUCGAAUCAACAAAUGAAGAUAUUUUCCAAGGCAGCACAAAGGAUUUAAUUUUGAAUUUACUCGAUGGUUACAAUUGUUCUGUGUUUGCUUACGGUGCAACGGGUGCGGGAAAAACUCAUACAAUGCUUGGAAAGGACCGUGAUCCCGGUAUCACUUAUCGAACGAUGGCGGAACUCUUCAAUCAAAUUAAUUUACAAAAGGAGCAACGUGAUUUUGAAUUGGGAGUCACUUAUUUAGAAGUGUACAAUGAGAAUGUUCAGGAUUUAUUGCACAAAAGUGGACCACUACAUCUUCGUGAAGAUGGACGAUGCGGAAUAAUUGUGGCUGGACUUAAAAUUAUCACCAUUCAUAGUCCAGACGAAUUGCUUUCGCUUCUGGCAAGGGGAAAUAAGAAUCGCACUCAACAUCCAACUGACGCAAAUGAAGAGAGCAGUCGAAGUCAUGCGGUGUUUCAAGUUUACGUGAAUAUUACCAGCAAAUUGGAUGGCCAAGUGAAACAAGUGAAAUUAUCAAUGAUCGAUCUCGCAGGAUCGGAAAGAGCCUCGGCCACUGGUGGCAAGGGAGCAAGAUUCAAGGAAGGAGCAAACAUCAAUAAAUCCCUAUUGGCUCUUGGCAAUUGCAUCAAUAAUUUAGCGGAUGGCAUCAAGCAUAUUCCAUAUCGAGAAUCAAAAUUGACCCGACUGUUGAAGGAUUCUCUUGGGGGGAAUUGUCAAACGGUGAUGAUUGCAAAUGUAAGUCCAUCGAGCAUGAGUUACGAGGACACAUGCAAUACAUUAAGAUAUGCUAAUCGAGCUAAAAAAAUAAAGACAAGCAUCAAGAAGAAUAUUGUCGAUUGUCAAAUGCACGUCACCACUUACAUUAAAAUGGUCGACGAGCAAAAGAGAGAAAUCGCUUUGCUCAAGCAACAAAUUCAAUCAUUGGAGAGUGGAAGUAAAAUUGCGGUCUCUUCGACACCAAGAGACACGAGGACUGAUGAGAAUAGUAAAUUGAUUGCUGAUUUUAGCAAUAAACUCGAAGAAUUGUAUCGAAGGAAGAAAGUAUUAAAUGAAAAAAUAUUGUCUCUUGAAAGUUCCGACAAAGUUUUGUGCUGCAGGAUUCAGUACAAGAAAGCUGCCGACAAUAGACUUCAUAAUUUGACAACUUCAGUCGAUGCACUGUCACAGGAAGAGCAAAAUGCCAGCGGUAAAUCGAGGCUCAACAAAUCUCUUCAACAUUUCAAGCGUCAACGUGAUGGCAUACAAAAUCAAAUGAAUUCGAUUUGGAAAGAAUUGUCCAAGGUUGAAAAUGAAUUACAAAUUCUCGAACUUGAGAUCAAAUCCAAAGAUCUCACCGAGAAGUUGAGGGAGAAGACGUCUCUGUUACAAAUGGAAGUCGAAAGAAUAAGAUUGCAACAACAAUGCGAGCAUGGCAAGCGUAUCAAUAGUCUCGAGCAAUGCGAAAUGCACUCUGAUUUAACCAUAAUCAAAAUGUUGAGUUCAACAGUACAAACAUACUACAACAUGAUGAGGGGCUACGGAGCCGUGAACGAGAAGAUGAAAAUCGAAUUUAAACAACUCAUUAAAUCAUUAGAGGGCGUUCGCAAUAUAAAAUGGUCUGAUUUAGAAUCAACAACGGCGGAAGAAGAUUUUUACAGUAUGACAAUUCUCGACAUCUUGGACAAUCCUUUAACCGGUGAAAUGCCAAUUUUCCAACCCACAGCUCUCGACGAACAAGAGCAACAAUCACAAGAGUCAGUAGACUGUACACCCUCUGGCAUUACGGCGACUAUCGAACCUCAUAAUUUGACUGUUACUCUAGAAGAAUCUCUCUCCACAAAUACAUUAGACACAGAAGCCGAGGCCAGUAACAGGACCAUUGACGUCAGCAAACUCAACAGUACAAUUAAUCUUCAAGAGCCAAAAUUCCGUAAACGUAUUCUCCACGACAAAAAUACUGGUCCAGGUCGAACACCACCGAAAUUCAUCAGGAAAAUAUCACCGAAAAAUAAAGUUAUCCAAAAUACGAAUAAUAUCUCAGGCAAGGAGAAUAAUAAUAAGGAAGCGCCUAAACAUCAAUUAUUCAUGAGCGCAAAAAGUAUCGCUAUUUUAAAUAAACUCAAAAGUGACAAAUUAAAAACACUACCACCACCACCAUCAUCAUCGAGCAGUAAUUUCGCCAGCAAUGAUCAGUCGGACGCAACACUCAAGGUCGUCAGAGGAAAGGAAAGGCGAGCUCUUACUUCUUCGCAUCAUCCUUACCAGAAAAAUAUCGUCAAGCCGAAGUAAGUUGUCAAGAGAGAAAUCUGAAUAUUCAUUUCUGAAUUUUAAUUACAAUAGCUCAGCAAA